AUGGGAGUACCCCUUGUUGGAUGCGCUAGUCACCGGUUGAACCGAGCAGUGCAAAAAUACCUACUUCAACACGAAGAUGACCUGGCAGCAGUUCAGGCAUUGAUGAUCAAGUUGAGGACGCUCACCCAGUCCGCAAAACUUCGUCUUAAAACUGAGCUGCAACCUGUAAUUCGUCAGGACACCCGUUGGAGCUCCACUUUUGGAAUGUUGAAGCGCUAUUUCCAGUUACUCGAAUUCUUGGAUGCAGACGAUGACGAUAUCAUGGAGGGGCUCAAGGACGUAGAAUCCGUCGCCAAGGCGCUUCAAGGUCGUGACGUCGAUUUGCAGGAUGUCCGACAGUGGUUUGACGAGCUUAUUGCUCUAAAGCCACAGUUCGAGACACAUCUCGGCUCUAGAGCUGAAAUCGUUCACAGCCCUGACUUUGAGUCAGGGUGUGUUCGUGUUCUGAGUGGCCGACAGGACCGCCUGACGCGUGCGGAGAAAACUGCCCUUGGUCCUUUCGCAAAGCUGGCCGUCGACGCAACGGCGGAAUCGGACGACGAAGAUCUUUCGUUUUGUGGAGCGACUUCGCAAGCGCCGCCGGAUUGCCGAACUCGCUGUGCCCUACGAGCAGCUAAAGACGAUUCCACCAACGUCUAA